UUGUUUUUUGCAUUUAGUCCAAACAGGCUAAAUUCAUGUGGACGUCUGCAUUCUCUUGCCAGAUGUCAAGUUAUUGUUGGCUUAAUCGUUUUGAUUUUGGCUGCUCUGGCGGAUUUUCUUAGUUCUAACGAAAGCGCUAUAAGGCUGGUGGCUUUGGUCGAAUGUUGUUCUGUUUAUUUUAUUGUCACUGGUGUAAUAGGAAUUCUUGGUGCUGCAAGUCACCGACAAAGUUUGUUAAUUGCGUUUAUGGUUAUGAGCAUUCAUGUAAUUAUGAUAUUUGUUCCAGCCAUAGUCAUCGUUUCAAGCUUUGACAUACAUUUUCAUCAGGCAGAAUGCUUUGCUCAAUGCGACUGGCAUCUUUUGGCAACCAGUCUGCCUAAAGACAGCAAGUGUCAGAUUCUUUGUGGUGCGAAUGUUACAGAUAACCAGCGAAGCCAAAUGUCGCGGUUAGGUACUGACUUUAAGUUAGACGCGGGUAUUAUAGCAGCAAGUAUUUUGGAGUUGAUAUUCGCUCUGGGAUCGGCCAUUUUAUGCGGUCGUAAACUAGGAGCUGUCUGUCGUCAGACGAACAAGGAUGAGGAAGUUCCAAUCAUGAACGUCAGUGCUUUGUGCUUUGUAGAAUUGGUUUCCGAUUAA